AUGGAACAUGGCGCAUGCAACGUCAUCUACGUCGACCGGCGCGCCAACGACGAGCACGUGAGACGAGAGACGCUGUCGAGCUCUCUCAUCGCCAGAACCAGCACAGGCAACGUCGGACAGAGCUACUUUGCCCUGGGCAAGGCGCCGCCUGUCGAGGUGCACGCCAAUGUCGAGGCCAUCCUGUCCAUGUUCAAUGAAGUCUACAUCUGCGGUUCUGGCCGCUCGUGCCUGUCCAAGAUCACCCAGCUCGUCGACGCCACCAAAUCAAACAUACCCACCUUCGUAAUCCUCGACGUACCCUACGACGAAGAACUGCGACUGAAACGAUUGUCGCGCGAACCGCGCACCCCCUCGCCCACAUCUUCCCGCAUCAUGAGGGUCGACAACAGCGAGCCAGACGACACCUACGGCACCCACCUGCUCACACACGUAUCCUCGGAGAUCUCGUCAAGAAACUUCUCCAAGCUCGUGGUUCCUGUCGUCAUGCUGACGGGCUUGGAGCGCGAAUCUGCCUCGGCUGCGGCCUCUCUGUCAAGUCUCAACAAAACCCAAGUCCUCACCGACACGGUCCGCCUAUCCAAGUACCUCGACUCGGGCGCUGUGGAUGUCUUGUCCAGUCCAUUGUCCAAAGAUCGCAUGCACGGCUUGGCCGUCCAUGCCUACAGGCUGCAGAAGGAGGCUACGCGCGAAGAAGCAAGCUUUCUGACGACAAAGAGGAAUCGGAAACUAUCGUGGGUCGGCGUAGACGACGCGAAGCCCUAUGCAUAUCUGCGCGAGGCCAUGGUGUCCAACUUGAUGACUGGCAUCUGCAACCCGGAAACCGUCGGAGAUUCAAUAGAAGCCUCUGACUUCGAGCUGGAACAAGAUCGAAGGAGUGUGGUGGAAGAGAAAGUAGCCACCUGGGCCUUUUCAGCACACGACUUCACCGACGACGAGCUGCUCUACGCGGCGCUGGUGAUGCUUGAGCAUGCAUUAUCCACGCCAGAGCUAUCUCAGUGGCACAUGACCCAAGACGAGCUGAUCGUCUUCCUCCUGGCCAGCCGCACCGCGUACAAUGAGUUUGUAAAGUACCACAAUUUCCGUCACGUCGUGGAUGUGCUCCAGGCGCUGUUCCACUUCCUAGUGCGAACAGGGACCCUGCCAGCCUACCCUCCCACCGGCAAAGACUCGCUCGCCGACAAAUCCCCAAUCGCCGACCUACUGAAGCCCUUUGACGCGCUCACGCUGCUGAUUUCCGCCAUUGGACAUGACGUCGGUCACCCGGGUGUCAACAACGCGUUCCUGGUAGCCCUGAACGCGCCUCUGGCCCAGCUCUACAACGACCGCUCCGUACUCGAAUCCUUUCAUUGUGCCGCCUACUCGCAGAUCCUGCGUCGUUACUGGCCAAAAGUCUUCUCCGACAUUGCUAUGCGCAAACUGAUGAUCAACAACAUUCUGGCUACCGACAUGGGCUUGCAUUUCAAGUACAUGAGCGAUUUGGGCAGUCUACAGGAGAAGAUUGCGCAUGACAAAGGCGUAACCGAUGGCUGGAGUGUCAAAGUCCGCGAGGAGCAGAAGGACUUGACCUGCGGCCUUUUGAUCAAGUGCGCCGAUAUUUGCAACGUCGCACGCAAGUUCGACACUGCCGCCAGGUGGGCCAACAUCCUCACAGACGAGUUCAGCGACCAGGGAAUCAUGGAAGAAGAGCUACAGAUGCCGUCCUGUCUGUUUGGAGGACCGCCGGUCCAGAACGACAUGAUCAAGCUUGGAGAAUCUCAGAUUGGCUUCAUGAACAUCUUCGCCAGGCCUCUGUUUGAGGCUGUGACCGAUAUUCUACCUGCGAUGCGUUUUGCCGUAGAUGAAAUCCUGACCAACAAGUCCAUCUGGGACGACAAGAUCGUCCAGGAGAAGCAGAGAAGGAAGACAAAGAGUCCCAUGCAUCUUGGCACGCUGCAGGCUUCCUUCUUGCCCGAUCCAACUCCCAGCCCGUUCUCUGGCGGCCCAGUCAAAUCCAAUGCUGCCAUGCCCGCGCCGCCGACCAUAUCAGAGGAAGCAGCUCACCACGAAUCUAGCGGCCAUGGCCAGGGCAUAAUAUCUGCAUCACGUAGGUCAUCUGCUGCCAUGGCACUUGCGUCCCGAGAGAAUCAAAGCUCCUCCAGACGAGGGAGCGGCGAUGCCAACCUCACUGCCAUACUCGUCACGCACACUCCAAAUGCAGCUGAUGGAGAUUUCAGGGGCUCGGAUGCCGACAAUGAGGAUCAUUCCCGAGCGGACCGUAAGGAUACGCUGACAAAAUCUUCAUCCAAGAAGAACAGAGAUAAUGGCAGGCCAGUCACGGCGCCCGCCCCCGCCAGACGCAGCCCGGGUAAGCAUCAAAUUGUCGAGCUGUAUCCCGUCCAGCAAUCGUCGCCACAGAGCCAUUCGGAGGUAGAUCUCUCGCAAGGCGCUAAUGGCAAUCUUGAAGGCUCCCAGCUGCAGAGGUGGGAGAGCAACAAGAUGAGUGGCGAAAGCGGCGCAACUCGAUCUGACCUGUCACGCGACUCGAGCUGGUGGCGACAGAUGAGCUCGAAGCGACGCGCGACACGCGAUGCCAGGAACGGCGAUCAGGAGGUUCUGUGCCAGCCCAAGGAGUCGAUGCUGUCCGCUCCUACCUCCCAUCCUGGAGACUUCAACGCCCACGCCUCGACGGGCCUGAGCCCCGGCAAGAAACACGCAACCGGACGAUUCAAAAGCUUCUUCAAGCGGAAGCCCAAGGGUCCGGAAGAGCAUGGAAAACAACUCUCCAGCUUCGGCAGCUCCUCGCAGCUCCGAACAACACCGCCUACCAGCGACCAGGGUCGCUCACUCAACAGCGAGGAUUGA